AAGAAAGGACCGGCUCAAGGAGCUCCCGAAGCUGCCAAGAUGUGACCUCCAGCGAUGGUUCCACCGCUUUGCAACUCCAAUGCUUCUGAGGUGCAGUCCUUCUGGGAGGUGCCCGUCGCGAGGUACCACGUCCCAAAGACAGUGACGCAAACUUUGACUCAGGUGUUGUGUGAGCUGGCCAAGACACGCCCUGGAGUGCGAAAGUCCAAUCGCGGAGGUUGGCAUUCCGGAGCCUUGCUGGAUGCCUUGACGACACCCGCCGCUACGAGACUCCGAUCAGCCUUCUUCUCCGCGGGAAGUGACUACAUUCGCCGUGUUGACCGCCGUGCGCGAGCAGGGUUGCGCGGCGAAGUGAAGCUCAGCUUGCUUGGUGCCUGGGCGAAUGUGAACAAACAUGGGGACAGCAAUGUCGCGCACAUGCACCCCGGCUUGGUCUCAGGCGUCCUGUACAUUGAGACCGACUUGCCUCAAGGUGCCACACUUUGCUUCACAGAUCCACGAGCCAUCCCUUCUCAGUGUUCUUCGCAAAGCUGUGAUUCAUUUGGCCAAGAGGAGUGGAACGAGAACUGCAGCCUCUUGGGUGAUUCUGUGAACGGCGCAGCCUUCAAGGACCUAACAGCUGGAGAGAUGUUGAUCUUCCCUUCAUGGCUCCAGCAUCAUGUGCCCCCACAUGCAGGAAAAGAUUUGCGUAUCAGUGUAGCCUUCAACCUCAAAGCAGAGUUGGUGCAGCAAAAGAAGACAGAGAAGAUUCUCACCAUCACUGUCGACCAGGACUUGAGGUUUGAUGCAGCUGCCGCGGAGUUUCGGACGAUGGAGCUCCUCUUUGGAAGCCAAGUCACUCGCAAGGACAGCAGGGACGCUUCCAUCGACUUGAGCUUUGACUGGCUUCAUGAAGGUGACCUUCGUCGAUUUCGACCGCCAGAUCAAGUGGCCUCGUGGAUUCGAUCUUCUGGCACUUUGUCUUUUUGGUCUUGCUUUCGGACACCUGGGGAGGCAGGUUCUGUCUCUGUGGUCGUUCUCCCCGAAAACUUUGUGCAGGGCCUCCGAUAUCGGCCUUCCGUGCUGGCAGCCAACAGCGGCUUUCACGUACUGGCGGGAGACAUCAAGCUUUGGCUACACGAUCCCAGGUUGCAGGUGGAAGUCGCCGCUGCUGCAGACCCCAUAGCAAGACACCUCUUCGGGCAGAAGGUGGCCCUGCAACUGACGUCCGGCACCAUGGUUGCAUUUCCAGCAUCCGUGUUCUACUCCUUGGAGGGUGGAUUCUUCUUUGAAACGUGCUUGGUGCAAGAGCUUUGCAGGCAAAAGUGCCAUCUGCAACUUUGGCACUCACUCUGUGAGCCAAGGCAUUCGUUGGAGAGCUUCAACAUAGAGCUUCGACACAUUCGACGCCCUCUGCCUUUGGAAGGAAUCCGGGCCUCCAGAACAACACGGGCCGUGGCGUGAUCAGACGGGUAGGAGGAAGCAGACCAAGCACACCAUUCUGACCAAGUGAGAGCCAGCGUGCAGACCAUGUUGCUGCAGUGGCUGCUUGUAUAGGAUUCGGUGAGGUUGACAAGAGGGGCGCUGAAAAGGCCA